AAUUCGAAACAUUUCUCGCUGGGCGUUUCUCCUUCGGACAGGUGGAUUUGUUUGGAGAUGGGAAGACUAUUCGUGAUCGACCUCCAAGGAGAAACUUACAGCUGCAAACAUUGCCACACUCCUUUCGCACUUACCGAUGAUCUCAUCUCCAAGUCGUUUCACUGCAAGCAUGGAAGGGCUUAUCUUUUCGAAAACGUUGUCAAUGUGACUGUUGGAGAGAUGGAGCAUCGCAUCAUGAUGACUGGCUGGCACACUGUAGCUGACAUCUUCUGCGUUUGCUGUGGCUCUCUCGUUGGAUGGAAAUACGAGAUUGCAUACGAAAAGUCUCAGAAGUACAAAGAAGGAAAAUUCAUCAUUGAAAGGUUUAAAGUGCUUGGACCCGAUGGAGGCGGAUACGACAUGAACGAGGACGAGCCCAUGAUUGGAAGUGACGAAGAAUAAAACGGGCCUUCCCUUUUCUUUUUACAAGAGCCCUGUAGUGUUGUUGUUGGAGAUAUUUCGCAAGUGGUCAAUGCAAAAUACUCCACAAUUUUUUUUCCGGGUAAGCAUAAGUAACAAACCAAAUAUAUUUAUAAACUUAAUAAAUAUAGCUAUGUUUUAUAA